AUGGAAGAUCGUGCCUUCCUAACAGCCUUAUACCGUCAGAAUAUCAAGGACGAAUUAAAAUUAAGUGAGAACGAUUUUAUUAAGUCAACCAAAAUUGUGAGGCAUCCUAAACUAGAAAAUGGGCGUCAAUGGAUAGGCUUAGAAUUAGAGGCAGCAGUUAGGAAACAUCUAGCCAACACAAAAGAUAAACUUUAUAUAGACUGGGCCACAUGUAGAUUCAUAGACGAUAUAGAAGUAGUUCGUUGCUUAAAUUGUCAGCAAUUCGGUCAUGUACAAAAGUUUUGCACCAUUAAAACCCCUACUUGUGCUAAUUGCGCCGCCGCACAUGAAACACGAGCUUGUCCAGAUAAAGACACACCAGAUUUUAAGCCCACGUGUGCACAGUGCAAGCGGUUCAAAAAACCAUCUGACCAUCGAUGCGGCUCACACGACUGUGCCACAUACAAAUUAAAACUGGAACAGCUAAUAUUAAAUACCAAUUACUGA